AUGGCUAACGAAAUGGAGACGUUUGCCGCCCGCUUGUCCACCUUCGAUCUUGUUCUGCACCCGGACAGGCGGUCCUCUAGCUCAAAAUCCGCGAAGCCGGUCACAUGGCCGCAUCAGAGACCUUCUCCAGCUGAGCUCGCACAUGCCGGUUUCUUCUACAAUCCUUACGAGACGAAUCCAGACAACACAACAUGCUUUCUAUGUCGAAGGGCUCUCGAUGGUUGGGAAGAGGAGGACAACCCGAUUACGGAGCACUUAAAGCAUGCGAAGGACUGUGGAUGGGCUGUUAUGAUGGACAUACAACAGCGUAGCUCGAAUCCAGCUGAAAUAGAAGACCCGACAAGUGAAACGAUAGUCCAGGCAAGGAAGGGAACAUUCGGUGAAUCAUGGCCGCAUGAUGGCAAGAAGGGCUGGCUGUGUCAGUCAGACAAGAUGGUUGAAGGCGGAUGGUAUUUUUGCCCGAACGAAGAAAGCGCAGACCUGGCGAGCUGCGCCUACUGCAAGCUCUCGCUUGAUGGAUGGGAACCCAAAGACAACCCAUUCGACGAACAUUACCGCCGUUCGUCUGACUGCUCUUUUUUCGUAUUUGCAAAGCCUGCCAAGGGGAAGGGUUCGCGUUCUAAAAAGGGUCGUACCUCAAAGGCUUCUCGCCAGUCGACUCAGUCUACUGUGUCUGAAGUUUUGCCUUCAGACGUUGAGGAUCAACUGGAUCAAAGUGUGUCUUCUCAGCCAGCCAAGGCUAAAACCACGAAAAAGCCAUCCAAAGCGAAAUCAAAAGCCUCCAAAUCCAAGAAGGACGAGCCCCAAGAAACAGAGAGUCAGAUGGAUGUCGACGAGGUCGAAUAUGCCCAGCCGGAAAUUUCAAAACCAAAGCGUAGUACGCGGGGAAGAAAGCGAUCGAGUACCGAGCUGGAUAAAGACACGAUGAGCAUCGCCGAUGAAAAUACCAUGGAUCAGCCAGAGCCACCCGCUAAAAAGAGGGCCACAAAACGGAGUACUAGUCGUGCUCGAGCGCAAAGCAUAAUGUCUACCGAUAGCGCUGCGGAUGUUCCGGGAUAUGAGAGCGAAGCCACCCACGACGAAGAAGAUCAGAAACCGAGUCGCGGAAGGGGCAAAAAGAAGACAGCGAAGGGUCGCAAGGCGUCCUCUACUUCGAAGAACGCGCCAAAAUCCCGCAUCCCUCGAGAUUCAGAGCUUGAGGCGGCGAUUGAAGCUGGUCUCGAAGGGGACGAGCCUCAAAAGGACGAACCACAAAACAUGGAAAUUGAAGAUGUGAACAUCGAGAAGGCCACAUCCAAGCCUGGUCCUAAGAAGUCGAAAUCUAAGAAGAACGCAAAGAAGGAGCCGGAACCGUCCGAUGAUGCAGUUGACCAUGGUGUCAAUGACGAAGCUCACAUAAACCCCGAGCCUGAAGCCGAUCAACAAAUGAUCGACAAUGAUGGGGCAGCUGAGCAGCAAGAUCCUGGACCUGAGCCUGUCCAAGCGAAAGGCAAACGUCGCAGCUCAAAAAACACAGCCGACCAGCCAGACACUAUUCCUGACCAGCAGUUGGAAGCACAAGACGUUGAAGAAGAGGGUGAUCGCCGUCGGAAUGAAUCAUUCGUCUCAGUUGAAAUCGUAUCAAAACCUCCGGCGGAAUACUCUGAACUAGAGACCAACGACAAAGAGAGCAAAAAGUCUAAGAAGAAGGCGUCCUCGGAGAAAACGAAAAAGUCUAAGAAGGCUGACAAGGCCGACAAGAAAGCAAAGGCCACAAAGAAAGAAGACGCAGAAACAGCAGGGGAGGCAGAGAUCGAACAAUCCCAAAUGCCCGACAGGCGACAGAGUAAGAAACCUGAAGUUGAAGCGGAAGAAGAGCAAUUACCCCAGGCGUCACCGUCACCUGCGCCAGAACCAAGCAGGCAGGAACAUGUGGAAAAGGAAUCCUCGCGCCGCAGAUCCUCCAAAGUGCCUCCUAAGACAGCUGAGAGGUACAGUGACAUUUCUCAAGACAAGCAAUAUGCCAGGUCCCUUGUAUCCGACAGAUCACCGGAAGAAACCCGUCGUUCUAGUAAGCAGGGCCAGCAAGAGGAACCUGUGUCUCCGCUUCCGUCUGCUUCAAGAUCAACACCUUCUCUCUCUCCCCAGUCCUCUGAUGCCGAGAACCAUCCGCCUUCCAUGAAGGCCUCGGCGCCUAAGCCCCAGCUGUCGUCCCCAUCCAAAAAUGCACCCGUCCGAUUUCCUCUGGCGACGAGUACUCCAUCUCCUUCAAAGCGGAAUGCUUCACCAGGAAAGCUCAAGUCCUCUCACCCGUGGGUUCCCGUCGAUAUCGAUGAAAUCCUAGUAGCCGGUGUAAAUGAUAAAGAGAAUACCGAUCUGCGGAAUGCUUGGGGCAACCUGAAAGGAGAAUUGGCAACUCCCGAAAAGAGAAUGACAGUGGAGGAAUGGAUAAUGUGGAAUGCAAAGAACGGUGAAGAGAGACUUAAGCGAGAAUGCGAACGGCUAGUCGGGCAGUUUGAGAAGGAAGGUGCCCGAGCAAUGCGCGCAUUGGAGGGGAUCGAGUGCGUUGAUUGA